CGGCUAUAAAUAGGGCUGCGCGCAACACACACUUCGACAUUUCCCCCCCCCAAAAAAAAUCAAAGGAAACACUCAACUGGGCUUCCUUGCGAAUAUUCACACUAUCUUGCUGUAAUUGUAGACCGGAGCGUCUGGGCUUAAAUAUGUCUUUGGGUAGGUUUUACGUCCAGCACGUCGUGGUGGCGGCGGUGUGCUCCGUGCUGGCACCGGGGGGGACGCUGGGCUCCCCGCUCGUGGCGCCGGAACCCAUCCGAUGCUCCCCGUGUACUCCGGAGAGGCUGAGCCAGUGUGCGCCGGUGGAUCCCGGGUGCGCCGAGGUGCUGCGGGAGCCCGGCUGCGGAUGCUGUCCCGCCUGCGCCCUGACGGCCGCCGACCUGUGCGGCAUCCACACGGCGCCGUGCGGCUCCGGACUGAGGUGCGCCCCGAAACCCGGGGACCCCCGACCGCUACACUCUCUCACCCGGGGACAAGCCGUAUGCACGGAGAGCCCCGAGCCAAAAGCGACUCCGGAGCCGCAAGCACAAGAUCAGGGCGAGCAAGAGGCUGAGAUGGAGAAUGCCGCCGUGGUCUCGGAGCCCGGCUUCACUUACUACCUCCCCGGCCAGAGCAAGCCGUACGACCCGAGGGCGGCUGCCGACGCCCAGGAGAGCAUGAAAGCCAAACUGGUCGCCAUCCGCAAGAAAUUCGUCGAGCAGGGGCCUUGUCACAUUGAGCUGCAAAGAGCCUUGGAGAAGAUUGCCAAAUCCCAACAGAAACUCGGAGACAGAUUGAUCAGAUUCUACAUCCCCAAUUGUGACAAACGUGGACUUUACAAACCCAAGCAGUGUGAAUCAUCUCUGGAUGGCCAAAGGGGAGGAUGCUGGUGUGUCAACUCCUGGAAUGGCAAGAGGAUUUUAGGUUCCACCGAUGUGGCGGCAGAUUCCGAGUGCUCCUAAGAGAGAAGCGUAUCUCCCAAAGAAAAAGAAGCAAGCCACUGAUUUUCCAUUUCGAUAGCUGUUUAUUUAUUGACCUGGUCUUUGGUGGUGUUUUAAUCAGGUACACUGUCAUUAUGGGACUGCCAUCACCCCGUUCCCUCUCAAACAUGUCCCAAAGAGAAGAGGAAAAUAAUCUAUUUUUUUUUUUUCUGAAUGGAUAUUUUAAUAUUGAUGCAUUUACUUUUCACUCUAUUUAUUUCAGUUGGGUUCAUUUUUGUUGUUGUUAUGUGUAAUUAUUAUUAUUGGUAUUUAUAUUAUUUCUGUGUUACUGUUUUUUCUCUAUGUUUAAUGUAUAUAUUUAUCUUGGCCCCCAACUUACUCCAUUGCUGAGUUGAGCUCGCUCUACCGUUUAAGUGGUCUGGAGGUUUAGUUUGUGACAAACCAAGCAAGAAUGAAAGCACUGAGUGUCCAAAAGUCAAUGAUUGCUGUUGUUGUUGUUGUUUUUUUUUUUUUUAAAUAUCCUUUUUAUAUUCUUUUUUUUUAAUUAUUAUUAUAUUGCUGCCAUUUAAAUGUAUGUCAUUACCUGAUGUGAAUCACGGUCAGCUCUUUUGAGUGACUGCAAAACUGUCAGAUUGGAACUAUUUCAUAGUCUCGGGAAAAAAAUAAAAAUAAAAAAUAAAAAAAAAUAAAAAAUCCCCAUGGUUCAAUGUGGUGCAGAGAGUAUGACAAGGUUGGUGUCCAGUAAUGCACCUCCACUCAGACGGGUAUUUCAACAUUUACCUACCUCCAGUGUUUAUGUGUCCUCUGUCAAUUGUGUUUGUGUCUGUCAACAAUACUUGCUAGUCUACCUUGUAUGUUGCUGUUCUCUCUGAUGAAGAACACAUGACCACAUAGAAGGAGUGCCACAGUUUAACCAUGAUGUGGUUCACAAGUGGCGCCUCUGUUCUGAUCUACAUGCUGCUGUUUGGAGAGUAUUGUUUUUAUCUAUUCCAAAGAGACUAACUGCUCGCUCACUUUUGUAAUUGAGAUGUAAUGUAAGAAAAAGGUGAUAUAUUUAAUAAAAACAUUACUUAACCCCA